GCUCCCGGUCCGGGCGGAAUCUGACGCCGCGCACGGACCAAGCGGUGCCCGGAGCCGCCGGUGCUCCCGGUGCCUUCCCCCGGUAUGGAGCCUCCGGGCACUGCCGGGGCGCCGGGAGCGGCGGAGCGGCCCUGGGAGGAGGCCAAGGCUUUCUACGAUAACCUCGCCCCCAAGAAGAAACCCAAAUCGCCAAAGCCUGAGAAUGCCAUCACCAUCGCUGUGUCCUCCCGAGCCCUAUUCCGCAUGGAGGAGGAGCAGAAGAUUUACACUGAGCAGGGGGUGGAGGCCUAUGUGAAGUACCAGCUGGACCAUGAGAAUGAGCCCUUCCUCCCUGGGGCUGCCUUCCCCUUCGUCAAGGCUCUGGAAGCAGUGAACACGCAGCUGCGUCAGCUCUACCCCGACAGCGAGGAGCUCUUUGACAUCGUCCUCAUGACCAACAACCAUGCCCAGGUUGGGGUUCGUUUGAUCAACAGCAUCAACCACUAUGAUCUGUUCAUCGAGAGGUUCUGCAUGACGGGAGGGAACAGCCCCAUCUGUUACCUCAAAGCCUACCACACCAACCUCUACCUCUCCUCUGACGCUGAGAAAGUGAGUGGGGCCAUUGAAGAGGGGAUUGCUGCAGCCACCAUCUUCAGCCCCAGCAGAGACCUGGAGGUGUCAGAUAACCAGCUGCGGGUGGCAUUUGAUGGUGACGCCGUUCUCUUCUCUGAUGAAUCGGAGCAGAUCGUGAAGGCUCACGGCUUGGACAUGUUCUUUGAGCAUGAGAAGGCCCACGAGAACAAGCCUCUGGCACAGGGACCCCUGAAGGGCUUCCUGGAGGCCCUGGGGAAGCUGCAGAAGAAGUUCUACUCCAAGGGGCUGAGGCUGGAGUGUCCCAUUCGCACCUACCUGGUCACUGCCAGGAGCGCGGCCAGCUCGGGAGCUCGAGCCCUAAAGACUCUGAGGAGCUGGGGCCUGGAGACAGAUGAGGCUUUGUUCCUGGCUGGGGCUCCCAAGGGGCCAUUGCUGAAGAAGAUCCGUCCUCACAUCUUCUUUGAUGACCAGAUGUUCCACGUGGAGGGAGCCAAGGAGAUGGGCACUGUGGCUGCCCACGUUCCUUAUGGCAUCGCUCAGAAGCCCAGGAGGCCGGCCCAGGAGAAGCAAACCCCAAACAGCAAGUAGAGGAGCUGGCUGGGUCCUGUGGUCCUGGCAUGGGGCACAGACUUCACCCCAUGCACCAUGCACUGAGCUGGGCUGGGGGCUGCAAGGCAGAGAGCAUUUGCUGGGUUGUUCCCCAGCCUUGCUGGGGGCACGGAUGGAGGAGGGGGCUGAUGAAAAGCUUCCUUUAGCCUCUGUACUCGUUGCAUUGCCAUGGGGUUGUCCCUGUUCCUCCUAGAACUGGAGGUUUCCCCAGGCUGGGCAGCCCCAUGAGCCCUUUCUCUGUUUUUCCACGCUCUGCACUUGCUUCAGGCAAAAUCCCUCGAGGAUGGAGCUCACCUUCUGCCGACUGUGCCAGGCAGGUUUAACCUUGCAGCUUCAAACCCCAGGUAAUUCCCAAAGCCUUUGAUUUACAAAGCAAAUGUUCAGGCUGAACUGUUGAACUGGAAAGUUGGGAGCCCACAAAACCCCUUCUUGGCACUUAGAAACAAAGUCUUGUCCCUUUUAACUCAAAUGAAACCCUAAUAUUGUUCUUUCACAGAUCCAGCCCCUGCUCCCCAAGCAGAACAUCUUUCAUGUCUCUGUCCUUUCACCAAGAUUUCCUCAACUGAACAGCUUUCCUUUUAGGCCUUAAGUUGGGAAAAAUAGAAACAAACAGAUCUUAAAGGAUUAAUUUUCUUUUUUUAUUGAUUUAAUUUAUUUUUUUCCCCCACUUGGAGCUUUGGGCUGGUGUCUUGUUGGCCCAGAGUUUUCAAUUUGGGUUUCAGAGUUGCCUGAGUUAGCACUUCAAAACCAUCAUCUCUGUGAGGCAUCCAAAGCUCAGCUCUGGUGUGAGCCAUCCCGAGUCUGCAGAUCCAUGCCUGAGGCUUGAAUUAAGUUAAAAGCAGGUCCUAAUAUAUUAGGGACAUCAUGUGAAGUCCAUUUAAGUAAAUCUGCAGAGAAUUUCAGCCUAGGGGUUUUAAUUAAAGGGCUUUUUUCCCCCCACUCUCUUUUCCAAGCUGAGCCCAUAUGAGUUGAUAAUCUUUUUCUCCUCAGCUUCUUAAAACCUCUGAUGUUUCCUAAAAUAGGCACCUCUGGUAGUGAUGCUGUGAGAGCAACCAAAUCUCUGAUUAAAAAAA